GAAGAAAAUGGGCAAGUUGGUCCUCGUGUUUCAUGUCGUUGCCAGAUUAUAAGGAGUGUCAGUCAAUGGUCAGCUGGAACUAGUCAAAUUGAAGAAAGCAUACACAAUGCUUACUGCUCCCUUAUCGAAAAGGCUGAACAUUUUGUUUACAUAGAGAAUCAAUUUUUCAUUUCUGGUCUAUCUGGAGAUGAUAUUAUAAAAAAUCGUGUUUUAGAAGCACUGUACAGGCGUAUUAUGCGAGCUUAUAAUGAAAAGAAGUCCUUCAGGGUUAUCAUUGUGAUUCCACUUCUUCCUGGCUUCCAGGGUGGUUUGGAUGAUAGUGGUGCUGCUUCAGUUAGAGCUAUUAUGCAUUGGCAAUAUCGAACAAUAUGCAGAGGAUCUAAUUCAAUAUUGCAUAAUCUUAAUGACCUCAUGGGCUCUAGAAUGCACGACUAUAUAUCAUUUUAUGGUCUCAGAGCUUAUGGAAGGCUCUUUGAUGGUGGUCCUAUUGCAACUAGCCAGAUAUAUGUGCAUAGCAAGAUCAUGAUAGUUGAUGACCACAUAGCCUUGAUUGGAUCUGGAAAUAUAAAUGACAGAAGCUUGCUUGGUUCAAGAGACUCCGAGAUUGGUGUACUUAUCGAGGACAAGGAGUUUGUUGAUUCAUUCAUGGGAGGCAAGCCAAGGAAGGCGGGAAAAUUUGCAUUAACUCUUCGCCUUUCUUUAUGGUCUGAGCACCUUGGUCUUCGUUCAGGCGAGGUUGGUCAAAUUAAGGACCCUGUGAUUGAUCCGACGUAUAAGGAUAUUUGGAUGGCAACUGCUAGGACAAAUACCAUGAUUUACCAAGAUGUUUUUUCUUGCAUACCCAACGAUCUGAUGCAAUCCAGGGUUUCACUCCGACAAUGCAUGGUAUUCUCAAAAGAAAAACUUGGUCAUACAACCAUUGAUUUAGGAAUAGCUCCAAGCAAGCUUGAAUCUUAUCAGGGUGGAGAUAUCGAGAGUAUAGAUCCCAUGGAGAGAUUAAAAUCUGUGAAAGGUCAUCUUGUUUCCUUCCCUUUGGAUUUUAUGUGCAAAGAAGAUUUAAGACCUGUGUUUAAUGAAAGUGAGUACUAUGCAUCAGCUCAAGUUUUUCAUUAAAGCUUCUCGUCUUAUGGACUACACAAAUCAGAAAAAUUAUCAAGUGUCUCAGUGGGCUAUGCGUUCUACAGAAAUUUUAUAGGACACCAUUUCAGAGCAUACAAUUUCCCGCUUUCUUAUUUUGACUGUGUUCUGUAUCACAACAUUGUAUAAAAGUGGCGAUACACACUUGUGAAGCUAUUUGUUGAAUACUGAGGAAGGUGCACACAUACUAAGAUAAGAUUUAUGUUACUAGCAAAAGAGGAUAGAAUUGUUGAUAAUUGUGUUCACUUAGGCCAAUAGGUUCACACUUGACAGGCUCAGAGGUCAAUUUGACUGUUGGAUUUCUGUAACGCAUGGUUCUUAGCCAAGUGUUUUGAGCUACUAUAGGAUCUUUUCCAAUUGAUUCAGUUUUGACUGAACAUUUUGGGUAGAUGAGCUCUCUCUACAGUAAAUAGUUUUUUGGUUACAUUAUCCUCCAUACUCCCGCAUUGAUGAUUGAACACUGCAGCAGCUGUUUUCUGUUCACUUAUAAUUUAUGCAAUAUAGAGAUGAUGCAUUACUCUAUUGGGAGCGAUUUCUAUUUAUGAGCUCCCGGGUUUUGCUUUGGGAAGCACUUUAGGUUGUAUAAUCCGUUCAUACCAACAAUCAUAUGAAGUACCAUU